AAUUCUAAAUACGUUACUAUAAUAUGUAUACAUUGGUUGUCUUCAAAGGGUUUAAGAGCCAACAGGUUAUAAAAGACCUCCUCUUUUAUAGUGAGUUAAAAGACUGUUGGGAAGGGCCAAGGCCCUCCUUGAGUUCCUGCAAGACAUGGGGUAUAAAGUCUCAUGAAAAAAGCACAAAUUUGUCAGACCAAAGUGCAGUGUUUGAGAUUUGACUUAAAAAAAGGACAAAGGAAGCUAGGUCAUUUAUUCUCUGCCAAGACCCCUCCAAAAUGCUUCAGUUAUUUGAUUCCAUCUUUGCUACCCAUCGUUCUAAUUGGGAGAACUGUAAAGAACUUUGUAAAACUUUGUUAACCUCUGAAGAAAUGCAGAGAAUUUUAGGAGAAAUUAAAAAGAUCAAUGCUCUUAAAAUGCUGGCAGGCACACAAAAUCCAGACGCUUGGCAUGAACAGCAAUUUCCAGUGAAUGAGAAGCCCAAUUGAAACCCCAACACCCCAGGAGGCCAGGACAGCUUAAGCAAUUAUCAGACGAUGGCCCUCCUGGCAGGGAUACGAGCUGCGAAUAAAAACCCUACAAACAUGAUUAAAGUGCUAGAAACACAGCAGGAGCCCAAUGAGAGCCCUGAGAGAUUUUAUGAGUGGCUCUGUGAAGUUUACAGAAUGUACACACCUUUGAUCCUGGUGCUCCUGAUAACCAUCCGUUAAUCAAUACAACUUUUGUGACCCAGUCAGCUCCAGAUAUUAGAAGGAAAAUUCAAAAAGCAAGAAACUUGGGAGGGUUUGAAUAUAACACAAUUGCUGCAAUUGGCUAGGAAAGUGUAUGUGAACAGAGAGUCAGUGUGAGAGAAGGAACCAGUUAAAAGGGAAGAUGAAUGAGAUAAGAGGCAGGCCAAAUACAUAGGAGCCAAGAUAGAGAAAGAAGAAGAAAGACAGGGAAUGAAAUCAGAAGAAAAGCAAAAGAAAGGCUUUAAACGUAAGGACUUAGAUUUUGACCAAUGUACAUAUUGCAGAGAGAAAGGACAUUAUAAGAACAAGUGCCCAAAGCUCAAAGAAAAGAAAAAGCAGGAAUUAAAGGAAAGAAAAGAUACUGGCACACUGUUACCUGUGAUAAAAGACAGUGACUGACACAGACCGUGCUUAAUGCAGUUAGGCCCCCAUGAGCCCAUGGUCAAUAUAAUGAUUGGGCGCCAAAAUAUGUCCUUUAUGGUAGACAGUGGAACAGAGCUCUGUGAUUUACUGUUAUGCAGCCCGACCCAAAAACAGUGCUGGGAAGGCACAAAAGGAUUGUUGUUACACUUACAGGAAACUGGAUAUAAAGUAUGGAAGAAAGCCCAGAUUUGCAUACAACAUGUUAAAUGUGUAAGUUUUCAAAUAACGCAGGGCAUGCGUUAUCUAGGAAAUAGAAGAAAACAGGCUAUUAGUGCCAUUCCUGAACUCCAAAUAAAGAAACAACUGAGGGAGUUUCUUGGGGCAACAGGCUUCUUUAGAAUUUGGAUUCCUGGUUUUGCAGAGAUCACUAAACCUCUUUAUGAAGCCCUAAAGGGAAAAGAAGAAAAUCAUUUACUUUGGGCUAUAGAACAAAAAGAUUUUAAGUAACUAAAACUGACCUUAGGAGCCACCCCUGCUUUAGGCAUACCACAUGUAAAGCAGCCUUUGGUUCUAUAUAUGACUGAAAAGAACCAUGUGGCCCUUGAAGUAUUAACCCAAGAAGGAGGCCCAUGGAACCAACCAGUGGCAUACUUGUCUAAGAAUUUAGAUCCAGUAGCAAAAGUGUGGCCUCCUUGCCUUCAGGCCUUAGUGGCCUCAGUUUUAUUAAUCCAACAAGCAGACAAGCUAACUCUAGGUCAGGAACUGACUGGGCAGGUUCCACACACAGUCUUGGAACUGUUGAACACAAGAGGGCAUCAGUGGCUCUCAAAUAAUAGAGUUACCCAGUACCAAGCCCUUCUCUUUGAGAACCUCCGUUUAUUGUUUAUUCCUAUAAAAGCUUUAAAUCCUGCUACCUUCUUGCCCAUGCAGACAGGCCCUCCUGAUCAUAACUGCUUGAGUGUCACAGAUGAGCUCUUUUUCAGUCGCCCUGACCUAAAAAUGACACCCUUGUCCAAUGCUGACCUCGUUCUGUUCAUGGAUGGGAGCAGCUUCGUGGAAGAUGGGGUUCAUCAUGCUGGAUAUGUGAUAACCAUGAAGGAUGAGGUGAUCCUAGCUGGUGCUUCUUCCUAUUGGCUCGGUCAGCACAACGUCCUGAGCUCUGGGGACUCAUACAGGCACUCUGAUGGGCAAAGGAUAAGAAGGAGCUGGAAUUGUAUUUACUCACCAGGAAUGAGAUAAUGGAUAUAAAGGAUAUAAAAAGGAGAAACUGAACAAAGAGGGGCGUGGACACUGACCAGACCGGUUUCUGGCAGUCCUGCCUGCUUGCAAGUAGAACUUUUAUUAUUUUACCCGAAUUCUGUGUCUCUGUGUAUUUCUUUCUGUGAUUUUCCAGAACAAUGUUUCACACCAGCUUGCCUCAGGUGCUGGGUAUGGAAUUACAAGAUUUAAUGUUUGCCCUGUUGGUUUUUGGUCUUGAUUUGGUCUGAUUUCUUUUUUUUUUUUUUGGUACUGGGGAUCAAACUCGGGACCUUCCUGUGAGGCAGGAGGCGGCACCACUGAGCUAAAUCCCUGGCCCUGGUCUGAUUUCUUUCUACCCUAGGUUCCUCCCUUUUGAAUGGGGAUAUUUAUUUGGUGCCAUUAUAUGUUGGAAGUGUUUAACUUUCUUUUGAGUUUUACAGGGGCUCACAGCUAAGAGUUUGCCUUUGCAUCUCAGAGGAGACUUUGGACUGGACUUCUUAGCAGUGCUGGCACUAUUAAAACUCUGGCAACUCUUAGAGAUAGACUAAAUACAUUUUAUAUAAAGGGAUAUGCGUGAAUCUUUUGGGAGCCAGAGGUGGAAUGUUAUGGUUUAUUUGUAGAUGUCCCCAAGAGCGUCAUGUGUUCAUAGGCAUGGCUUUUAAAAGGUGAUUGAAUUAUAGGGGCUUGAUAGCUAGUUGCUCUUAGGAGGUGGGGCCUGGUUGGUAGAAGCGGGUCACUUCUUUUGACUCUGCUUCCUGUCUGCCAUGCCAUAAGCAGCUUUCCUCUGCUCAUGCCAUCAUCCUGCCUUGAGCCAGCUGACCAUGCACUGUAAACAUGAGCCAAAAUAAACCUCUGCUUCCUUAAGUUCAGGUGUUGUUUCUCAGUGAUAAGAGAAGUGAGUAAGACAACAUGCUAGGCCAAUAACUUUUGUCAUCUCUAUACACUACAGCUAAAUGGAAAACACACAUACUCUGGCCUGAAUUCUAAUUCAACUUCCACUUAAAUUAGCUAUGUAAGUUUAAGUGUUACUUACUCUUCAUGUGUUUUGCUGAAGGCCUGAGCCCAGGGUUUAGUAAACCCUCAAGACCUUCUCAAAGGCUAAGUAGGUGUUGGGUUGACCAAAUUGAUAAUCACUUACAUACUGUUAUUAUUUUGACAUAUUUUCAAUGGAACUUUUUUAAAGGUGAAAAUGUCACUUCCUUUUAGCACAUACUUUGUGGUACCAGAAAAACUUUUUGUGAUAAUCAUGUCAGCUCCUAAGGAGAAUGUACUAAAUAUUAAAAGUAGCACAUAACCUUAUAAUUGUGCUGUUGCCAUGGAAAUGUUCCAACUAAGUUGUUGUAUUUCAAAAAUUACUGAGAAUUUUGGCUCUUGACUUUUAGUCCUUGGAUUACUUUCUGUGAUAUUUUGCUUUGUCCUGGUGUAUGUAUGUAGUUAAAUAUUUCAUAUAUCCAAAGCCAAAUACUGUGAAGAUCUUUACCAUUUUAAUUUUUGCUGUUACUUAGUAGGGGAAAGGGUUGCAUAAAUUCACUAGAAGGGAGUUUAUCUAUUCCUCUUUUCAGGACUUAGUUCCUCCCUAUAAAGGAGUGAUGGUGAAUCUUUUAGAGAUCGAGUACCAAACUGUAACCUAAAACUCACUUAUUUAUCACUAAGUGCUAACACUCCAGUUAAGCUGAAUACCAAUUAAAUCUCAUACAUUAACAUCUUUAGGGGGCUGGGGAUUUAGCUCAGUGGUUCCAGCACCUGCCUCGCAAGCACAAGGUCCCAAGUUGGAUCCCUGGUACCAAAAAACAAAAACAAAAACGAACAAAAAACAUAUUUUGUUUUAAAAGAAAAACACAAUAACACACAUGCCAUAGGUUUGCCACCACUGCUAUAAGGAAUAUCAUUGUUUUCCUGAGUGGAGAUUCUAUGUCUAGAAACAAAAGGAAUUUUUAAAAACCCCUUGCUGCCAACAGUUCACACAAUAAAUGUGCCCAUUUUUAUUUCAGUUUGGGCACAGAAUAGGUUAUUUCUAUGAGCCAUUAACAUUAUUUUAAGGAGGCAAGAGAAUAUAGUAGGUAAAACACUAAUUUCAGAACCGGGUAAUGUAGUUUUAUUCCAGAUUAGUGAACUAGGCCCAGUCCUUGAGAAGGUUUAUUAAGCUUCCUAAAUCCAUUAUUUUCAUCUCUAAAUAUGGGAGUCAUUUAAUUUUUUUUGGUACUGGGGAUCGAACUCGGGUCCUUGUGCUUGUGAGACAGGCGCCAGAACCACUGAGCUAAAUCCCCGGCCCCCAGAGUCAUUUAAUUUUUUAUCAGGGCUGACAAGGGUAUAAAUAGCAAAUAAGAGAAUUUGGGUGAGAAAACCCAUGGCCCAGUAGGAGGAUCCUAGCUAUGGAGCCAGAUGAUGCGAGUUUGAUUCCUGGCAGGGCAGAUCCUUAACUGUAUAACCAAAACAGGUUAUCAGUAUCUUGGGAUUUGUUUCUCCUCUUUCCCCCUUGCUUUCUUCUCUUAGCAAAUAGCUUUUGAUAGCCUAUUCUGUAUUAACAAUGUGUAGGUACUGUAACUCUACCAAAGAAGGAUAUAGUCAUAGGCUUUGCCUUCAUAUUUUUCAUUAAGGGAAUAGAACACAACAGUUAAGAGAGUUCUUUCUAGAAGCUGCUUACUAUGGUUUGAGUCUCAGCUCCAUCACCUAGUAGCCAUGUGAUCUGGUAGCUGGGUGUACAUUGCUUAACACCUCUGGGGCUCCAUUUUCUCAUUUGUGAAAUGCACAUAAUAAUAGUACUUACCUUACUGGGUUCCUGUGAGGUUUGAAUGAUUUAAGACCUGUGAACAUUUUAACUGCCUAGUUCUUAGUGAUCAUUUAAAAGUGGUUCUGUAGCUGGAUGUGGUGGGGCAUGCCUGUAAUCUCAGCACUUUGGAGGCUGAGGCAGGAGGAUCCUUUGAGUUUGAGGCCAGUCUGGGCUACAUAGUGAGUUCAGGGCCAGCUUGAAUUGUGACCCUGUCUCAAAAAACAAAAACAAAAAAA